UCAGUCGCCACAACAUUGAAGGAGGCUUAAUGAACCAACUAUUUCAUAACCGUGUAUCUCUCAUUAACUCACUGAUGCAACCAGCUCCCUUCUCUUCUUACUAAGAAGUUUGUUGGUUGCAUGCCUUGGCACCAGUGUUGGAGCAAGAUGAAGAUCAACAUGAAAUUACUGCCUAUAAAGGCUCACUAUUUUUUACUUUUUGCAGGCACUGCUCCUAUACUCCCCUUCCUGCCGGUGUACGCUCGACAACAGGGGUUCUCCGACGCUGGUAUCGGCAUAAUAUACACUAUCCUGCCCUUCAUUGGACUCAUCAUGAAGACAGCAUCAGGAGCGAUCUCUGAUUGGCUUCGAAUUCACCGUGGCAUGUUUUUGUCUGCCAUUGUAAUAUGUGCUCUUGGAUUCUUCAGCAUCUACUUCACUCCAGCUGUCCCCCAGAAGCCAAACAAUGAAUUAGCUCAUGCCAGACUUGACUGCAAUGGUUCCUCCACCUUCUUCUCAUACUGCAUUUCCCAAGACAAAUGUGGCCACAAUGAUUUCCUUAACAGUAUUGUGGAUAAUUAUACUGUAAACUGUCAGGUUAGAUGUGGUACAGAUGAGGAGGACACAGGCAAGAUCUGUGAUGCCUGGAAUGUGUCUUCGUCGUGUCAGAAUUCCGAGUUUAACUUCACCGCAUCCACCAACUUGUUUGAUAAUGACCGAGGAGAUCGUUGUACCUACUUCCCCAUCUCAAACGUUACAGCUGCUGGCAAAGAGGUGAUUGAACCCACAUGCCCUGCCCUGAGCACCGUCAACUGCUCCUUGUUGUGUGAUGAUGGCAGUUUCAUGAACUAUCUCGGGGCUCCACUCACCAUCCCACCCAGCACCUACGAUGAGCUACUCUCCUAUCACCAAUUUUGGAUUUAUCUUGUGUGUUUCAUUGUUGCUUGGUGUGGCCUGGCCAUCACAGUGGUCAUGUCAGACACGAUAUGCUUCAAGCUUCUUGGAGCUGAGGGGAACAAAUAUGGUGAACAGCGUCUGUUUGGAUCCGUGGGCUGGGGGUUAUUGGUGGUCGUUGCCGGAGGUUUAAUCGACUACGCAUCACUUGGGAGGCCGGAGAAGGAUUACACCCCAGCCUUUGUUCUGAGUCUUGCCAUCCUCUUCCUCGAUCUCCUGGCAGCUACUCGUCUGGAGGUGGAAGGUAGUGAGCGGCGGACAGGGACGGCUGGGUCAGUGGCUCGUCUCAUCUGUGAACCUCGCAUAGUGCUCUUCAUCCUGUGUUGUAUUGUUGUCGGUAUAUCUACUGGCAUACUCUGGACUUUUCAGUUGCUGUUGGUCGAGGAUAUUGCCUUCAAGUGGGACUGUCACUUUGGCGCUCUUAAGUUACUACAAGGUCUAAUUAUGGGUGUCCAGUGCUUUGGGGGGGAGCUGCCGUUCUUCUUCCUCUCCGGGUGGUUCAUCAAGAAGCUGGGUCACGUGCACGCCAUGUCUCUCGUCAUCGCAGUCUUCGGCAUCAGGUUCAUCCUCUACUACACUCUGGCCAACCCCUGGCUCUUCCUCCCCGUCGAACUCCUCAAUGGAUUUACGUUUGGAAUUUUCUAUGCCACUAUGACGUCUUAUGCUAGUCAUGUUGCCCCCAGUGGAACGGAGGCGACAAUGCAGGGGAUCGUUGGGGCUGCAUUUGAAGGCAUUGGUAUUGCUACAGGUGGCUUUGUUGGGGGCUCACUGUACUUUUCUGUAGGUGGAUCAAAGACUUUCCUCUACACUGGAAUAUUUAAUUUGAUCUGCACUGUUCUUCAUGUGGUUCUUCAGAUCCUUCUUAGCACCUUCAGGCCACAGUCCACACCAGCAGGUGGCAGCUCGUCUCCUGUCGGCUACAUGCCUCCUAGUGACAGCAUGAGGCCAGUCACAGCUAAUGAUGCUGAUGCAGAAGAAGAUUUUUAACCCAUAAACAGCAACCAUCGUCAGCAGAAGUUAGCUGUAGGGUUGUCAGCAAUUAUCAGUGGCUGUUUCAUGUUCCUUGCUGUCUUAUUUUUUGUGUAAGGGUGAAGUAUGGAAUCCUUAACAACUGGUUAAGGGUUAAACAAAAGGGUUUUCAUGAUAUAAGACAUGACUUGAAGAGUGUCUCAGCCAUACCUGUAGGUAAGAUGUACCGUAUGACAAGUGCCUGCAACAUAGCAGAGCGUUUAUUUUCAUGAGCUUCCAAAGUCAACAUAACUACUGUGCAUUUUUUUUUAUGAAUAUAACACUCGUUCUCAGUUUUAUUAUGAAGUGUCGGGAAUUUAUAAUUAUCCCGACACAAGUCUUUUACUGUUAUUAUUCUAUUAAUUUAUUUUUUUUACAACUUUUUAAUUGCUACUCUUUGACAAGCACUUCUUGUCAGUCAAUAUGUACAGUAGAAUUUUGUUUGUUUUUUCACUGAUU